AUGUUAAGAGUUGAGACCAAAACAUGGACGCGUGAUAGCCAUGAUCUAUUUGAUUAUGAAGCUCAACAAGUAAAUAAAAAAAGUUUUUUAAUUUCUACUCCUAUAAAGCUUUUUCGCUCAAAAGCACAAGUUUCGUGUGUAGCUGAUAAUCCACAGUGCUUGCCUAAUACAGCACAAGAUUAUCUUUUAUCAGUACGACCAGAAGAAGAUAAAUAUGUGAUAUCACCGGCUGAACAUUCCCUAAGUAAUCAGUACAACGUAAAAAAGCUUUGGAUCAUUGUGAAGGAUUUACCUGAGAAAUUUUAUGCGUUACACGAAAAUGAUAUUAUAAAAUUAGGAAGAUUUCGUCUAAAAGUAAGGCAAUUCAUUGAAUCAGUUGAUACGUUAAAUUCAUUAAAAUUAGAUGAUUGUCCAUCCAAAAAAUGUGAAGCAAUAUUAGACUCUUCGAAUAUACAAUGUAGAAUAUGUUUAAUAGAAGGUAAUCAAGAAAAUGAUCCAUUAAUAUGUCCAUGUGAUUGUAAAGGAUCUAUUAAAUAUGCUCAUUUGAUGUGUUUAAGAAAAUGGAUAAAUGGACGAUUGAAUUUAAAUGAUCAACUGUUUUCAGGUUCAGUUUUUAUAAAGGAUAUAUGCUGUGAGUUAUGUAAAUCGAAAUAUCCGAAAAGUAUAAAACAAAAUGAUGAAUUAGUACAACUAGUAAAAAUUCCAAAUUUGAAAACCCCUUUAAUAGUGUUAGAUAAUAUUAUAGGACAAACAAGUAAAGGAGUGCACUUAAUUAGUUUUGCUGAUAAAAAAUAUCUUAAAUUAGGAAGAGGACAUGAAUCCGAUGUUCGAAUUCCAGAUGUUUCUAUUUCAAGAUAUCAUGCUACUAUAAAAUAUGAAAAAGGAUUAUUCAAAUUAGAAGAUCAUAAUUCAAAAUUUGGUACAUUAGUUGCUUUGAGAAAAGCUAGAGAAAUAUGUCCUAAAGAUACCAUGUCUCUACAAGUAGGUAGAAGUGUCGUAAAUUUCAGAGUAGAUGAAGAAAUUCCAUUCAAGAGUGGAACAAUUGAUAUUAUUGAAAAUAAAGAGGUUAUAGAUUCAUCUGAAAUAGCUAAUAACGAAAAGAGCAAUACGAAUAUUACUCAAAUAAAUAAUACCAAUUUAGAAGAAAAUAAUAGAAAUGCUUAUGAAGGGAAUCAGUUUGUUGAUCUAACAAAUACCACUAAUACUAUGCAGAAUUCUUAUGUUUCUUACAGAGUUGACAAUUUUGUGUCCUUAUUAAAUUAUCAAAAUGAAUAUAGAAUAUUUGGUUUAAGAAAUUGCUACAACCUUAUGGAAAAUGGUAAUAACAAUAACAAUGAGCAAAAUUUGGUCCAACUGAACUGCUCAGGAAACAAUAUGAACAUUGAAGGUAUUCAGGAUGACCUUGAUAUGAAUAGCAAUGAAAAUUGUAAUGGAAAUUGUAAUGGAAACAGUAAUAGCAAUAACAAUAAUGUUAAUAAUGACAUUAAGAUUAAUGAUUCCAUGAAUGCACAAAUAGUUGUACGAAAUAAUAAUCAGAACAUUCAAGAAAAUAAUGAGGAAGAUGAAAACAACAACAACAAUGACAAUAAUGAUGAAAACAACAACGAUGAAGAGGGAGAUGACGAUGACGAAAAUAAUGCCAGCGGAAAUAAUAACAAUAAUAAUAAUAAUAAUAGUAGCAAUAAUAAUGGAAAUAACGAAAGCAAUGACAGUUGUAAUAAUGGUCAUAAUAACAACAGCGAUCGUAAUGAUAAUGAUAAUAAUAGCAAUGACAGCAGCAACCAGAACAACAGUACCUAUAACAGCAAUGGUAAUAAUGACACGUACAGCAAUAGUAACGGUAAUAAAAAGAAUAACAGUAGUAGCUACAACAAUAGUAGCAAUAGCAGUAACGGAAGCAGUAGUUCUAAUAAUAGUUAUAAUAACAAAAUAUGCAGUAGUAAUUAUGACAGUCCUAUUGAAAAUAAUAAAUUUUUAAAGCAUACGAACGAAAAUUGUAGUAAUAUGUAUCAUAAUGAGAAUAUAAGUAGAUACAAUAGAAAUGAUUCUGGAAAUUAUUGCAAGAACAAUGAUAAAGAUACAUCUUAUAACGGUAGAAAGAAUGAAUAUAUACGCAACAGCUGUAAUACUUUUUGUGACAAAGCUUUAAGUGCACUGAAUAGUCAUGAUAACUUAAAUUUUAUUAAUAGAAAUAAUUAUAUAAAUUAUGAAAAAAUGAAUAUUGAAGACAAUUUUUUUUUUCGUAAUGAAUGGAAAACUCCUCAAUUAACAGAUUUUUGCACAAAUAAUGAUAUUCUAAAUAAUAAUUUUAUAUUUAAUUGUAAUACUAGUUUAGAAAAAAUGUAUGAUUCUGUUAAUAAUAGUAGUUAUCAAAAGGAAUUUAAUGAAAAUGUCUUUCCAUAUUCUUAUUAUCAUUUUAAUAAAAAUGAAGGAGAAACGAUUAAUGGUAUUUUAUAUAACCAAGCAAAUUAUAAUGACACUUAUUACACUGGUGACAUGAACUUAACUAACAAUAAACAUACCGCUUAUAAUGAUCCUAGCAAAAUGCGUAAGAAAAUUGUAGGAAUAGAAUCUAAUAGUCUAAAAGAUAUAAGCGAUAUAAAUAACGAGGAAAAUUUGAAUGACUCCCUAACAAAAAUUCAAAAUUCUAGCAGUAUGAAUGGCUAUUCAUUAAACUAUGAAAAUUGCAUGGUAAAUAAAUACAAAUAUAGUAAGUCGUUUAUGUACUCUACAAAGGACAGCUUACACAAUGCUGAUGAAGUAAAUGGGACCAAGCUGGACGGGUGUGACAGCAACGACCAUAACAAUAGUAGUAGUAGUAGUAGUAAUAGCAGUAGUAACGAAAGAGAAAGUAAUAGUAAUAGAAGUAGGGAAAAAAUGAGCGUUACUAAAAAAUUGUCGAUAUCAUGUGGUAACAACAAUGCGCCAUUAAUAAACAAUUAUACUGUUGAUGCAUGCGAACUAAAAGAACAACAUAUGUUGAAAAACAAAACAAAAAUGAUUAAUUCGAAUAAUAAGAAUAUUAUGUUAGAUUUAUAUGAUAAAAAAAAUGUACGUCAUAAAAAAUUAAAAAAAUGUAUGAAUAAUGACAAUGCAGAAAGACCAUUCAUUGUAGAAAAUAUGUACCAGAAUAAUAAUACUUUGAGUCUUUGUAAAGAUGGAAAUAUGAUGCCUAGUAGUAUCAUUAGUAAAGAUCAGAAUUAUGUUUACAAAAAUCAGCACAACGUAUCGAAAUAUAUAAAGGGAAAUUUAAUGAGAAAUAAAGUAUCAUGUACAAAUUUUUUUAACGUGCCUUUUCAUAGGAAUAAUUUGAACGAUGAAUAUUUGAAUUAUUAUUUAAAAAAAAAAUACUAUAGUGAGGAGUCAUUUUAUAAAGAAAAGUUGUAUUAUGAAAGUCCACAGGAGUAUAAAUGCGAUAGAGGUAGAAAUAGUUAUAGUAGGAUGAAAAAUAUUAAUGAUAGUAGUGGUGGUGAUAAUAAUAACGGUAGCAGUAAUAGCAGCGAUAAAAUUAGUGCAAAGAUUAGCGGUAACAUCAACAGUAGCAGUAGCAGUAGCAGAUAUAAGUUUAACCAUAAGUAUUACUCACAAAGUGUAGAAACGCACAAACCAUACAAUGUCUUCAAUUUUAAUGAUAAACUUAGUGUGAACCGAAACAAUCCAUACGUUCUUAUUAACUCGGUUAGUUGUGUUGAUAAAAAAUUCAACUAUAAUUACAGGGGUGGUAUUCCUAAUUUUAAUGUAGGUUCUGAUUUUGUUUUAAAUAGUUAUUGCUCGAAUGGUAAUCUUGCUUAUUUUGAUGUGCCAUGUUUGUUACAUAACUCAAACUAUGCGAAUAAAAAGAACCAAUCUUUUUUAAACCUACAAAAAGACAAAGAUAAUUACAAUAACAAUAGUAAUACUGGUGGUAGCAGUAAUUACAACCCAAAGUAUAACGACAAAUGUGGAAGCAGUAGUAAUAAUAACACUAUUAGUAAUAGUACUACCAAUAACACGAGUACUUCCAAUCAUAAUAAUAGUAAUAAUGAUAUUAAUAGUAAUAGCUCUAAUUAUAGUAACAAUAAUAAUGGUUACAGUAACAGUAACAGUAACACUAACAGUAACACUAACAGUAACACUAACAGCAAUAUCGACAGUUGUAGUAGAAAUUAUGGUGAGUACAUAACUGAGAGCAGUAAAAACGAAAUUAAUAUAUAUGAUUUCAAAGAACAUAACGAUAUCGAAAAACAAUAUCAUUGUGCAAAUGAUAACAACAUGAAAGAAUAUAAUUUACCUUUUGAAAAAAAACACAAAGAUUAUUUUCUUAGAAAUAAUAGAAGAAAUAAAUCAUAUUAUGAUGCAUAUACAAGUUACGCUACUAAUGAUAUUAAUGCGUUUAUACACAAUUACAGUUAUUCAGAUGAAAAUUGCAAUAAUAAUAAUACCAUAAUAAAUAUCAAAAAUAUGGAAUUAACAACAAAAAAUAAGAAAAAAUAUUGUAACAAUAAUAUUAAUUUGGCAGAUUUAUGCAACUGUUCUGAAUUAAAUAAAUCGUUUUAUGAUACUCAAUUUUAUAAAAAAUUUACGUCAAGGAUCAAAAAAAAUGAGGACAAUAGAAGUGGUAAAAUCAAUAAAGGGUAUUGUGAAAGCAUGAACAUGAGUAAUGAUAGUAGUGACUAUAAUAGAAGGAAAAGAAAUAGCACAAAUAAGAAAAAUAGUAUAAUCAAUAGGGGCAGUGGGAAUAGUAGAAGAAGCAGUAGGAAUAUUCAUAAGAUUAAAAAUGACAAAAUGUUAAUAAUUAAAAACGACAGGAGUUAUAGGAGUGAUGGAAGCAUCAACUGCGAUGAUGGUAAUAAAAGAGACAGUUGUGAAAACAUUCUUAAUAUUAAACACAGUACAUCGGGAAAUGUAAACAGUGUUAGAAAUAAUAACAGUGAAGAAGAAAUAAGCUUAAAUGCAAAUGGUACGUAUGACGAUUUAGGAAAUAUUUAUGAAACUACUGGUAACAGCAACGAUAGUGAAAGGGAUGAGAUCACGUUUGAUAGUGUAUUAGAGCAUGCAGAAAUACCUAUUACACAUAGAAAUAAAGAAACACCAAAUGGAAUCAUGUAUUUUCAUAAGUGUAAUGGAAGUAAUUUGUCGAGUCAUUCGAAUACCUCAUUGAACGUUAUGGGUAAUAAAAAAAGCAAUGCAAAAUCGCACAAAAUAAAACGAAACACAAUAAGAUGA